CGAAGGUGAAGGUCGAAAUCCAGGAUCACAGCUAAGCUUCAGAGAGUGCAGUUUGUCUUAAUGAAACCAUUAGCGCACGAAUGGUGUCGUGCUUGCCAGGGGGAAUACCACAAUUACAUGACCAUGUACACUUAUAUUUAUGCUUUGGCUAAAUGCGUAAUUGUGUUAUGAAGUACCCUUUUUCACGAAAUCAUAGUUACGAGAGAGCUGAAUGAUUGGUGCUGAUGGUCAAUAUUAAAAGUUGAUAUUCAUUUCAACAUAGACACGCAGUGAUAUUUGUCUUUACGUGGCCUGGCGUUCGGUCCGUAUUCUGAUAAAAGGGAGGCAACUAAGUUUGCAGUUGUUUCAUCGUUCACACCUAAUCAACACUGUUGAAGAAGGAAAAUGGCUUUCAACAGGACAGGAACGUGGCUGCAAUUGUUCCACUGGGGGCCAAUUUUGGCACUGUCUGUUAUAUUCACUAUUGCUGGAGUUGCAUUAAACUGUACAUUGAUGUGGUGGCCAAUAACAACAGUUGGAGGUGCUCUCAAUGUCAUUGUGUUCCUGAUAUGGGUGUUUCUAACACUUUACAACUACCUCAACGCUGCAUGGAAGGGACCAGGAUUUGUGCCCCUCAACUGGUCACCGGAGAACAAGAAUGAUAUCAACUUUUUACAGUAUUGUGAUUUCUGUGAAGGUUUCAAAGCCCCUCGAUCUCAUCACUGCAGGAAGUGUAACAGAUGUGUGAUGAAAAUGGACCACCACUGUCCAUGGAUCAACACCUGCUGUGGUCACUUUAAUCACGGCAACUUUGUGUGGUUUCUAUUCUUCGCACCAUGUGGCUGUGUCCAUGCAGUCAUUAUACUUAUACCAUCUAUAUACAGAGCUUUAAAUUAUACUUACUAUUACUACUAUGGGAAUGGUGAACCUUUGAUACAUCUGUCUAUCGUGGCUUUUGUUCUCACCAUGUUUGGUGUGGGGCUGGCUAUAGGUGUUGUCAUCGCAGUAGGAAUGCUGUUCUAUGUACAGAUGAAAAGCAUUUGGAGAAAUGAGACUGGUAUUGAAUCCUGGAUUAUAGAUAAGGUGAUGUUCCUAAAACAGGCUGAGGAUCGAGAGCGCGAAGAGGACGAGGGGGAGGACUUCAUAUACCCGUACGACCUUGGGUGGCGGGACAACCUCAAACAGGUGUUUACAUUCACUGGCAAGCCGAUCUCUGACGGAAUAACAUGGACUGUAGUGGAAGGAUGUGACCAGUACACUCUCACUGUUGAGCAAAUUAAACAGAAAGCUCAGAAGCGAGAUCGCACCCUGCUCUAUGUGAUAAUGGAGCCGUACUCCGGAGCCAUGUUCCCCAUCACUAAGGGAUGUAGGGUCAUCUGUCUCGUGCCAUGUACUGACGAACCUCGGAUCUCCGUGCUGGAAAACGACCGAGUGAUGGUCACAAGGUGGAAAAAACACUGGCUGUAUGGGACGAAGGUGCUGGAGAACGGGGGCAAGAAUAAAGUGGCCUCCAAGAGAAUUCGAGGCUGGUUUCCACGGCGAGGUGCUAAGGAACUCAUAGACAAUAAUAUGAAUGACAAGAAAGCAGUUUGAACAAGACCUGAUGUCAACAAACAUGUAGCAGUGGAAUCAAAAUGGUACAUGCCUUAACAAACAACCACAUUUGAGAUCUACUUUCCACCUUCGCUGUCAGCCAAAUACAUAGAAUAUAUAGAUGCAUGUAUAUUACAGCAGGGAGAAAUCUUCUAGAUGAUACCUCUAUACAUUUUCGUUAUCUGAAUAUCCCAUUAUUUUAUUGUUGAAUACGACAGAUUCAUAGGGCUGUCAUUGACUUUCAAAUAUUGAGUGACAAUACGAUGUGGUGACACAAAAGUUCUACUUGUAAAAAUAUUUUUAUUAUUAUUUCACCUGAACAUCGAACAUUUUUAAAGAAUUAGGUGCACUGGUAGGUCACUUCAAAAAUGUUUGUAAAUGCAAGCAAAUCUAAGAAAUAUGGUAAAUGACCUAAAUAUUAGGGCUGGGACGGGUCAAAAUAUACUACCCGGGUACCCACCACCCUAUUACCCGACCCCACCCGGGUACCCGCUGUAGAUAUUCAAACUGUCCGUGUCCGAUUUGGAAAAGUUUUACCGUAGCCCUGACAAAAUGUACUUAGAUACAACAUGUAAAACGACCCGCUCAUGCAUACACUGAAGUUUAAUGCAUGAAGUUUUAUCUUUAUUCAAACCUUUAAAAGUCAGAAGGAAUGGGUGCAUUGUCAGAAAGAAAUGGGAACAUUAGUGACUUAUAGUGUAACCAUAGAG